AUGAGCUAUUCAGGUGAAACAAAUACAGAAUGUCCUUUAACACCUCUUGAUUCAGCACGUUUUAUUAUGGAACGUGCUCGACAUGUUUCAAUCAAUUUGCCAUCGUUACAAAAACUUGCAACGACGAUUUCUUCGGCAAUGAUGGAUGGAGAAUGUACAACAGAAGAUUGGAUUGGGUCAGAUGUUGGUCCACCGACAGGUGAUUCGACUUCAAUGAUUGAUUGGAUUUUCUUAACAAGUACAUUGAAUUUUUCAUUUUGGACAAAUGAUAAAGAAAAAGGUUCAUAUUGUCGAAAAUACAAAGAUAAACUCUAUCAUGGUUAUGAAGCAAUGUGUGUUGCAAUUAAUCAAGCCAUUUAUGAUGGAAUAGAUAUGUUGAAUGCAGAAUAUUAUUCUCGUAUAACGAUGAAUGAUUUAGAGAAUAUUUUUCGUCCAUUGGAUAAUUCACCUCCAUUGCCAAUGUUAAAUGAAAGAUUGAAAGUUCUACAUGAAACUGGUUCGAUUCUUCUUCAAGAAUAUCGUGGACAUUUUAUUCAUUGUAUCGAACAAAAUGGUGGAAAUGCAAUUGACCUAGUCGAAUUAAUUGUAAAAACAUUUCCUGCAUAUCGAGAUGAAUCUGUUUAUGACGGACAACGAGUCAGUUUUUAUAAACGAGCUCAAAUUUUGGUCAGUGAUAUUUGGGGAUGUUUUAAUGGUCAUGGAAUUGGACAUUUUAUUGAUAUGGAUCGUUUAACAAUGUUCGCUGAUUAUCGUGUUCCACAAGUAUUGGCACAUGAAGGUGUUCUUGUUUAUUCAUCGGAAUUGAAGAAACGAUUGGAAAGAAAAGAAGAAAUAACAUUUGGAGAUUCAGAUGAAUGUGAAAUUCGUGCUGCAUCGAUUCUCGCUGUUCAUCUCAUUGCCAAUCAUGUUAAUGAAAAGAGUCCUCUCGAAAAAGAUACAGGAGAUUUUGGUGAACGAUUGAAUGAACCACUUGUUGAUGUUUAUUUAUGGAGAAAGAGACGACAACAAGCACAGAUUUACGAACAAACACCUUUUCAUCGUGCACCAAUCCGACGACGGAUCCGAGUAUGGGAUUGGUCAACCUGGGAUAAUCAAUGUUAUUUACUGAAUGACAGAAACAAUCAAAGCAUGAGCGUCCUCACAUAA